AUGGCUGCAAUUGAUCCUAGCGAGUCUGAUGAAAGCAAAAGUAAAACCCCUUCUCGCUCAACUUUGAAAAUUGUUCGCGAGAAACGUGACCCAGACGAUGAGUCUGGAGAUUACAUGCGUGCUCUUCUAGCAGAGAGUGGCUCAUCCGAAGACGAGGAUGACGACGACGAGACCAACGGUGGGCCGAGUGAUCCUCAAAAAUCUAAAAAAGCACGAAAAGCCGAAGCCCUUCAACAGCUGAUAGAAUCCGUCGGCGCUGAGAAGUCCGAUGACGAAAUGGAAGAUGCAUCAAGUAGAACCAAAACUGAUAAGGGAAAAUCCAAAGUAAAACAUGAUGAGGAGGAAGAAGAUGACAAUGCUAGUAGCGAAGAAGAUGAUGACGAGAUAGAAGAGUUCGUUCUUUGCACUCUCGAUCCCUUAAAGAACUACCAACAACCCCUUGACAUAACUAUCUCUGAGAACGAAAAUGUCUAUUUCCGAGUAAUUGGGAAGCAUAACAUAUUCCUAACGGGGAAUUAUGUGAUUCCAGACGAUAUGGAACAAGAAUCCAACGACUAUUCUGAUGAAGAUGACUACGACCUAUCACCUGAUGACGACGAACUUGACUCUGAUUCUGGAGAGGAAACCGAUGAACUUGAUAACAUCGAAAAUCCUAGAAUAAUGGAGAUUGAUUCCCAAGAUGAGGAAGAAAUCCCAAAACUCACCAAAGCUACUGCGAAAAAGGGCAAGAAUAAGCGCCCUAUCGAUGAUGCUAGUGAAGAAAACACUCUAGAAACUCUCAUGGCCAAGUCUUCAAAAGAUACAACAAACACCGAAACAAAAUUAAGCAAAAAACAACAAAAAAAACUCAAAAACAACAAGGGCGAGGCCGUCGAACCCAAGACAGUUGAUCCAAAGAAAGAGGAUACGAACAAGAAUGACAAGGGUGACAAGAAAGUCCAGUUCGCCAAGAACCUCGAAUUAGGUUCCAAGAAAACAAAUGAAAAAAGCCAAGCCGAUGCAUCGAAGCCUCAGAAGAAGGCAUCACUAGGAAUAAAAACAGUCGAUGGCGUAAAAAUAGACGACAAAAAGUUAGGAACAGGCCGUGCAUGCAAAAAAGGCGAUAAAGUGUCUAUGCGCUACAUAGGUAAACUCUCGGACGGUAGCGUUUUUGAUUCCAACAAAAAGGGUACUCCUUUUAGCUUCAAGCUCGGAACAGGGGAAGUAAUUCGAGGUUGGGACAUUGGUGUGAUGGGCAUGUCUCCAGGAGGUGAACGGCGACUGACUAUCCCACCUAAUAAGGCGUAUGGUGGCAAGCCACUUCCUGGUAUUCCCGCGAAUAGCACACUGAUUUUCGACAUAAAGCUACUUGAAGCUAAGUGA